AUGAAGACUACACUCAAGUAUGUAACGGAAAUAGAGUUCUCAUCAAGAAUCGAGCUUAAGAUGAAGAUGAAGGCAACUACAUAUGUUGUAAGACACGUCACCGACAUUAUGCCGGAGAAUGAAGUGAAGAUAGAAAACUGGAAACAUGUCGAGAAGUUGUGCCUCGCAGAUCCAACAUGUCACACUCCAGGUCACAUCGACUUGCUUUUAGGAGUCGAAGUUUGGAGCGAAGUUAUUAAACCUGGAGUGAUCAAUGGCCCCUCAGGAACACCUAUAGCACAAGACAGUCACCUGGGGUGGAUUAUUUGCGGAAAUGUGAGGACAGAGCACACUGCCACAAAAAACAUCGUCAGCAUGCAUCUCAAUGUUGAUCUUAAUAACAUGCGGAAGAAGUUCGGGGAGUUAGAAACCAUAGAAGAAGAAAGCAAUACACUAACCUCAGACGAAAAGAAGGCAGAAGACAUUUAUGAGAAGACACACAAAAGAAAAGAAGAUGGUCGUUACGUGGUCAGGUUGCCAUUUAGAGAAGAACCACCUGUGCUACCACGUGACUCACGAGAGAUAGCAGUGAAGAGAUGGAUGUCGCUAGAAAGAAGAUUAAAUAAGAAUCCAAACUUAAAACAAGAUUACAACGACGUCUUACAAGAGUACCUAGAUCUGCAACACAUGAAGAAAGUAGAUGAUAAAGAACUAACCGACAAUUGCGUAUACCUACCACAUCAUGCUGUUGUAAGAGACGACAAACAAACUACACGAGUUAGAGUUGUAUUUCAUGCUUCAUGUGCUGGAACUAACGGGGUUACCUUAAACGAUGCAUUACUCGUAGGCCCUACUCUGCAAGAAGAUUUACACGAUAUACUGCUGAGAUGGAGAACACACAAAAUCGCAUAUGUCGCGGAUAUCAUUAAAAUGUAUCGGCAGAUUGAAGUUAAUGAAGAAGAUACAAAUUAUCAAAGAAUUGUUUGGAGAACUGAUGCUCAAAAACCGAUAGAAGAUUACAAACUACUUACCUUCGGGACCUCUUGCGCUCCCUACUUGGCCAUCAAAACCUUACGUCAAGUUGCGAUAGAUGAGGGUCAAGAGUAUCCUGAAGCACAGCGUAUAAUUCUAGAGGAUUUCUACAUGGACGACGUCCUGUCGGGGCAUGAGACAUAA